AAUGGGAGUUGUAGGCCCAUGUUUCAUAGCUGUUUUGCUGUUCCGACACGCGUACGCACUUUGCAGCAACCAGUAUCUAAACGCAACAACAACCUCGCAGUUAUUCUCUUACAAGUUUUACACAAACAAUGAAUUCUGUGUUAUCAACAUCGCGCCGUCUAAUUUCCUUAAUAGCAGUCAGUUCUUUUUGGAGAUCAUUUGGGCCACAUUCGACAUCAAAGGAAAAUUGCCUGAUUGCAAAGAGGAUUAUGUAGAGGUAAAUCUAACAAGAUCAGGCUACGGCAUUGGUAAGUUUUGUUCAAAUAACGCCAUUGAAAAACCAUUUAACAUGUAUUCACAUGAUGGCUUUGCAAAUCUGACGUUCAAAAGCAACAAUGAGACGACCGGAGAUGGAUUCUCUUUCAAAUACAGACUUAGGAAUAAGACAGCUGAUCCUUUGGUUGGAGAUCCGUUAUGCAACUCCAUUGAUGAUAAUUCUACGAAUUACUUUUCAAACAAAUGGCCAAGUGAAUACGAUGGAAAGAGUAACAGCGGUUGUUGGUUGUUGAUACAUUUGGAAGAACGUCAAAACUCAAGACUGUCAGUUAUGGAUUUAGACUUUUAUAGCGCCGAUAGAUACCCGGAGGAAAGAAACUUUAAGUGCCAAGAAUAUAUUGAAGUAUGGGAGUCCAAUUACGGACCGCCACCUCAAGUUGAUUUCACGAGCGUUAGUGGCACGCUGUGCAGGGAGCCAUCGCAUCGAUACUACAUUGUAAAGAAGCAAUAUUUCAUGUUCAUGGCUGCUCUCCGAUUUGCAUCUUCCAGUAACCGUGGCUUUCUUAUUGGAUAUAUAAGAUUCAACAAAGACAAGGUGGACGAUGAUCAGAAUGAUUUCUAUGAAUGUACCAGAGGAACACAUAAAUGCGAUCCCAAUGCCAAUUGCAUAAAUACAGUUGGUUCAUAUGAUUGUUACUGCAGAAGAGGUUUCACCGGGAAUGGCGCAUUAUGCAUAGAUUUCAAUGAAUGUACCGGAGGAACAAAUAGAUGCGAUCCCAAUGCCAUUUGCAUAAAUACAGUUGGUUCAUAUGAUUGUUACUGCAGAAGAGGUUUCACCGGGAAUGGCACAUUAUGCAUAGAUAAAGAUGAAUGUAGAAUAGGGACAGACAGUUGCAGGAUCGGUACAAUAUGUGCCAAUACUAUUGGUUCAUACAGGUGCUCAUGCAAAAGUGGUUAUGCAUGGAAUGGAUAUUAUCUGCAUGUUUGUGCUAAUUGCAGUGUGAACGCAGACUGUAUUUCAAUACGAGCCGUGUCGUCAUGUGUUUGCAAAAAAGGGUAUUCCGGAAAUGGAACAAGCUGUAGAUUGAUUGGAAAUGGAGACGGUUCUUCCUCUAAGGCCAGCAAAACGGGAACUUACAUCGGUGGUGCAGUCGGGGCUGUAGCCUUGAUACUUAUUAUCACCAUAGUCAUAAGCUGUUGGUGCAAGAGAUCGCAUCAUUGCAGGGAAUCAAUUGCAGCCACAAAUCCAAGCCAGUCUCAAGCGACUAUUUCGGCAACAUACAUCGUCGCUAAUGCUUCCGCUGAAGCUUCGGUUAUGCAGAAAUCAGAGACGUUGGGGUUGGAUAAGCCACAAGCAGUUGUGGUAUUCAGUUAAGGGCUCCCAAUAACAUCACGACAGACAAGACUCACGAAGUUACUUAUAACACAGGGCCAUUGUUUUAUAAAGAAAAAAUGUUAAUUCUAUGAAUACAACCUAUAACCCAAUUCAUCGGAGGCACAGACUAUAGUUUUUGGCAGAUAAAAUUGAAAGUUCAACCCAUCUAGAACAAACAAGACCGGUGCCAAGUUUUAUCUUAUGUUAUUUGGGUCAAUAAUGAAACUCAUUUCCUACAGCAAAGAAUUUCUAUUUUUACCACAUUUCUUCAUAUAACGUUUGUCGAUUUAUAAAUAGAUAAUAAGAUGUACCUUCUCUUGCAUGAUGUAUUAUGAUAAGUUUAUCCAUGAUUACAAAUUAAGGAGUUUCGAAAAUAUAAAAUUGUAUUGGAAUGUAAUGCAAUUGGAAUCUCGUUUUGUUGUACAUCGAAUUUAUUUAUUGAAUUUCAUUUUCGUUUUAUUGUA